AUGAAGAAGGCUACAGACGAAUUGCUCUACGAAAGCAAAGAAAACUUUGAAGACGCCACUCUACUCCUCCACCGCCCCGCCAUAAUCUUUCUCCCUUUCUUUAAAGAAAUCUUCGAAACUGGUAAAGAAAAGGAGCAUUCUUUGGUCUGGUGCAAGGUAUAUGAAGCCGACCGAUCGGAGUCGAUUGGGGAGUCUAUACUGGCCCGAUCUGGGCGGGAUUGCCUUCUAGUUCGUCAUUCUUUCUUUGACAAUAAUCCGAGGAACUUCAUUGACGUUGGAGGAGGAGUUCUUGGAUGUCGAGGAUUCCACUCGAGUUUCCGAACCUCUCAGGGAGGCUUGCCUUUGAACAUAGACGUAUCUACAACCUUGAUAAUUCAGCCUGGUCUUGUGGUAGACUUUCUUAUCGCUAGCCGAAAUGUGAAGGACCCCUUUUCUAUUGACUUCGCAAAGGUAAUGAACAAUUCAUUUAGGCAGUUGCAUGAAGUCGAGGAUGUUCUGCAACAACAUGGAAACGGGACCCGAGAUCUUGAUUCGGACGCUCGAAGAGCUGAGGAAGCUUAA